AAUCUCGCAAUGGUUGCGCCCAUAGUCAAUACAGGAAUUCAGACGGCAAAGUAUUGCAAUGUGGCUGGUCUAGGAGUUUUGAUUUUCGACUAUUUCUUAACGUUCGGAGCUGAGGUUCGAUGGACAUGGAACAGGCGCUGGGACGCUAGUCGUGUUCUUUUUGUGAUUUCACGCUACAUGGCCUUUGUGGCAGCUGGCAUGACUGCCUAUGCUGCCAUCGCUACACGAGCGAACGAAAAUUGCGCGCCCUUCAGCCAGGCUUCAAAUGCAAUUCACAUCAUCAGUAUUGUAUCGGCUGAAGGCCUUUUGAUUAUUCGUACAUAUGCGUUCUGGAAACAGAGCAAAAAGCUCUUGGCAGUGUUACUGGUCAUGGCAGCAAUUUGCAUAGCGUGCGGUGUUAGUAUUACACAAGUUGUUAAUAAUCUAGCGGCGCCUGCAAACCCUUCAGAUCCCCCCACCAGCAACUGCACUUUUGAAGCGGGUCGCAGCAGUGCCAUUCAAUACGGCUUUCUCGUGGCCUUCGAACUGUUGAUAAUGUCUUUAACGGUGUUUAAGAGAUACCAAGACUACAGAGAUUCUAACAGUCGUCUAGUGAGAGUCGUUUUCCAGGGCGGAGUGAAGUAUAUGACUGCCAUAAUUUUUGUUUCUGUGCUCAAUAUAUUGAUUAUGUCUGUGGUGCCGGCAUCAUACGACGAAAUGAUGGACGUGCCACAACUUGUCCUCCACAGCAUGUUGGCAUCCCGUGUGCUUUUUAAUCUGCGCGAAAGUGACCAGAGAAUGGACGGGACAACAUUGCAGAUGUCGGCAUUUCGUCCAGGAUGGAACAAUCAAAGGAAUACCUCACUUGAUUGCAGUCACAAUAUCCCACAUCAGAAUGUAUAAGUAGCCUAGCAUAAAAAUCUCGCCUUUCAAAGGCC